GCCAGCGGGCGACGCCUCUCGCGCGCCGCAGGACGCGCCCAUCAGGCGCUCCCGCGCGGCAGUGGUCCAGGGCAUCAGGAAGCACGCGGCCGCCGCAGUGGCGCAGGGGAGGCAGUCGAAGGACCUGCGGUCCGAGGUCGACGAGUUCAUCCAGAAGUCCAGGCUCGACGAUCGGGCGGCCGAUGCGCUGCGUUUCGAGGACCCGCAGAUCCAGCGCAUCGUCAUCGACCGAGACCAGCAAGGACCCCUCGCGAAUUGCAACGUCCCGAGCGCGAUCCUGAUGUCUCGGAUAACGAAGGCCAGGCGGGACUUGAGGGAUCAAGGAUGCCAUGAGGACAAAAAGGCUCCCAGACCAGCCAGCCCACGCACGCCGCGGGACCAGCCAGCUCAAAGGCGGCAGCGGACCAGCCGGCCGCCCAUCCCGGAGGGCAUGGUGCAGUGGGUCACGGACGAAGAUUGCAUGUAUUUCGUGUGCGUUUGCGAGUACACGCAGGAGAUGGAGGCCCUCUUCCGGAGUGGCAAGUACUGCGCGAGCUCCUUGUUGCAUUUCAGUGGCAAGGUGACGAGCCACCAGGCCGAAAUGCAAGGGGCGUGGCCAGAGGAGGUGACGGGCAGGCAUUCGCUACCAGUGCAGCUCCAGAACGGCCCUUGCGAGGGUUUGGUGGCCGUCGGCAGGUCCCACAAGGCGGAGAACCGUGAGAGAGCUGCCAGCAUCGCUCUGGUCAUCACCGCCAUGGUGCUCACCGACGUGAUGGGGCCUGAAGCGUUGCCGACCUUCACCCGCGGGCCGUUCACUGCUGAGGACAAGAGCUGGCCAGACGGCCUCCGCCACGCGGUCGACGCCGCCCUGGACAGCUUCCUCCUCGGCGCCUGCCGGCACCUCGCGCUCGGGCAAGCGACGCCGGUUUGGGAAGCGGCCUCGGGGCCAGCGACGGCGCCGAAGGCGUCGGAGCGGCGGUCGAGGCCGAGGCGGAGGCCGAGGGCGAGGCGGAGGCCCAGGCAGAGGCCCAGACGGAGGACCAGGUGGAGGCCCAGGCGGCCGAGGCGGCGGCCGAGGCGGACGCCGACGCCGUGCUAG